GUGACCGGAGGAGACCUAAACUGAGGCUCCGCCACACUACCACUGGAUUAGUGGUAGGCGGGGCGGGCCCGGGUCGGCGGCAAGAAGCGGAAGUGGUGGAAAGAUGCAGGACUCACGACCCGUUCCCCGCCGUGUUUCCCUCCAGGACCAUCAGCACGUGCCCAUCGACAUCCAGACCAGCAAACUGCUCGACUGGCUGGUGGACAGAAGGCACUGCAACCUGAAAUGGCAGAGUCUGGUGUUGACCAUCCGAGAGAAGAUCAAUGCCGCCAUCCAGGACAUGCCAGAGAGCCAAGAGAUCGCCCAGCUGCUCUCUGGAUCCUACAUUCACUACUUCCACUGCCUAAGAAUUGUGGAGCUUCUCAAAGGCACUGAAGCCUCCACAAAAAAUAUUUUUGGCCAGUACUCUUCACAGCGAAUGAAGGAUUGGCAGGAGAUUGUAGCCCUAUAUGAGAAGGACAACACCUACCUAGUGGAACUCUCCAGCCUCCUGGUUCGGAACGUCACCUACGAGAUCCCCUCCCUGAAGAAGCAGAUCGCCAAGUGCCAGCAGCUGCAGCAAGAAUACAGCCGCAAGGAGGAGGAGGGCCAAGCGGGGGCUGCCGAGAUGCGGGAGCAGUUCUACCACUCGUGCAAGCAGUAUGGCAUCACGGGGGACAACGUCCAAAGGGAACUGCUGGCCCUGGUGAAGGACCUGCCGAGUCAGUUGGCCGAGAUUGGGGCGGCGGCCCAGUCCCUGGGGGAAGCCAUCGACCUGUACCAGGCCUGUGUGGGGUUUGUGUGCGAAAGCCCCACAGAGCAGGUGCUGCCGAUGCUACGGUUUGUGCAGACGCGGGGGAACUCCACGGUGUACGAGUGGAGGACGGGCACGGAGCCCUCGGUGGUGGAGCGGCCACACCUCGAGGAGCCCCCUGAGCAGGUGGAAGAAGACGCGGUUGACUGGGGUGACUUCGGGGUGGAGGUGGCAUCUGAAGGAGCUGGCUCUGGCCUCUCUGGCCAGGCUGCUGGAAUUGACUGGGGCAUCUCCCUGGAAUCGGACUCAAAGGAAGCUGGGGGUGAUGAGAUAGACUGGGGAGAUGCUGCUGCUGCUCUGCAGAUCACCGUGCUGGAAGCCGGGACCCAGGCUCCCAAAGGUGUUGCUAGGGGCCCAGAUGCUCUGACACUUCUUGAAUACCCUGAGACCCGGAAUCAGUUCAUCGAUGAGCUCAUGGAGCUUGAGAUCUUCUUGUCCCAGAGAGCAGUGGAGAUGAGUGAGGAGGCAGACAUCCUGUCCGUGAGCCAGUUCCAGCUGGCUCCAGCCAUCCUGCAGGGCCAGACCAAAGCAAAGAUGGUCACCAUGGUGUCGACACUGCAGGAUCUGAUUGGCCGGCUCACCAGUCUUCGAAUGCAACACCUGUUUAUGAUCCUGGCCUCACCAAGGUAUGUGGACCGAGUGACUGAGCUCCUCCAGCAGAAGCUGAAGCAGUCCCAGCUGCUGGCUUUGAAGAAAGAGCUGAUGCUGCAGAAGCAGCAGGAAGCCCUUCGGGAGCAGGCGGCUCUGGAGCCCAAGCUGGACCUGCUGCUGGAGAAGACCAGGGAGCUGCAGAAGCUGAUUGAAGCUGACGUUUCCAAAAGCCUUCAGGAUGGAGGAGGGACAGCCAGGGGCCCUUCCCAGCAAGAGACCAGGCUGACUGGAGGACGGAAAGCCCCAAGACGGAACCAUCACCCAGAUGGUUGCCUUGGCACUCACUGUACUCUCUGCACGAAGCUGUUUUAAUUGGUCCUGUGACCCAUCAGCCUCAAACCACAGCUUCUGCUCUUUCUCAUUAUCUAGUUGGACUUAAUAAAAGAGGAAGGGACUCUUGUUUCA